GGAGUAGUGGGAUUUGCAGCCAGACAAUGAUAAAAAUAAAAUAGUCGAAACUCCAAAAACUUCUCAUUCUCAAACCCCCAAAAUUGUGUAACUUUUCAAAACCCUGAUUCUUUCCUUCCUUCCUUAAAACCAGUAGCAGCUAUGGACGACAGCUUCAAAGUCCGAGUUGAUAAAAUCUUCGGCUCUCUAGCUUCUUCUUCUUCUUCUUCUUCUUCAGCGUCAGCUUCAACCCCAACAGCCACAACUCCAUCUUCGUCUCUGUGGUCUCUCACAGACGACGAAAUCGAAAGGAAAGAAUGGGUCAGAGACAAGACCAUUUCCGAACCCGACUCCCAUUCCUUAUUGACAAACCAUGAUCACAAGCAGCAGGAAAAUCGUUUGGUGGAUUUGAGUUUGAAGGAUGAGCUGGUGAAGGACCUCGAUGACCUUGACGACGACGACGACGAACCCGGUUCACUCGCCUCCAUUAAACCGGAAGACUUUAACGACGAAGAGUGGCAAAUUAAGUGCUCUAUUGGCCAAGACUGUACUUUGGAUUACGAGGAAGAGGAAGAUGAAUAUGACAAACUGGCUGUUAAUAGUGAAAAGCCUGAGGAACGGUUGUAUAUGAAGGAUAUAAAUGAUUAUGGUAUAGCUAUAGAUUCUAAUUAUGAGCUUCCUGAUUCGAUUGAGGAAGUUGAGAGAGACCCACGUGCGAAUCACUUGGCUGCGAAAAUUAGGCUCAAAGAAGAUGCCGAAGCAGCUCAACAAAUUGAUUCUUUGCGAGUCUCUGAGAAAGAUGCACCGGCGAGAGAGGAUGAAAGUAACACGUCUGAGGAUGGUGUUAAACUGAAAUCUAUUCUGAAGAGGAAGGAUGGUCCAUCGGAUUCCAAGUCAGACAAACGUGUCCGGUUUGAACCUGAAUGUAAAGAUAAUUGUAGUGGAGGUUCUGAAGGAGACAAUGAUAUCCCAAUGGAUACCGGUUUUGUGGAAAAUGCUAUGGUUUUAAAUGAGGCUAACUUUUCUUCUGCAGUUCCGGAUUAUAUACGGAAUCCUUCGAAAUAUACACAUUACACCUUUGAUUCAUCUAGCGACAUGGACGAGGAAUCUAACAAGCAAGCCUAUAUGGACUUUUUAAAGCUGCUGAAUAGGUCAAAUGAUAUGGACUCACAGCAACAGGAUGCUUCCAAUGAUCUUCCAUCAGUCACCUUUAUACCAAAAAGGAAAACAGGUGAUACUAUAAUGGUAGACAAUGCUACUGUCUCAAAGCAAAACAGGGAUGAUUUGGGCAAGGAAUUUAUGCGUAGGAGAGGCUUGCCUGUUAGAAUUGCAGCUUGGGCCAUGGAAGACAAUGAAGUUUGUGCAAUGGAGGAAGAUGAAAUGAAACCAUUAGAAGAUGGAAGUAACAGCUCACAGAGACUGGGCCGAAAGUAUAGGAUGAAGUCCAAAGUAGAGUCGGACGAGUCUAUUGCUUGAUUACCCGAUGAACCCCAGCAUCUUAAUGCAGAUUGAUCCACGAUUCAAGGUGACAUUUGCACUGAACGAGAUCAGGGCCCAGCUGGGAUCAAAAGGUUUGACUCAUGAGUCAUAUAUGCCCUGAAAAACCCCUUGGAGCUGAUUCUUGCCAACCUCAUUGGCGGUGGCAUCAACAUGUUUACAGCACUUAAAAAGAACAAUUAUGUUUAGAACAUUCCAUAUGUUGCCAAAACAAAAAGGAGUUGGUGGCAAUAAUGUUUCUUAGUUUGUUUUUGUUGAUCUUAUCUAGAAAAGCUAACUUUUUAAGGGAACAUUUAGUACAUUAUCUAUCAUAUGUUUUAAGUUUUCAAAA